GCGGUCAUGGAGAACUUAGGCAGCUCCCGCCAGGACUUGUGCAGCACUAGGGGGUACCAGUUUGAGAUCGGACCCCCCGACGUGCUGGAGCGCAAGGGCUCCCUGACCCUCCGCUCCCGUCACAAAAAAUACUCGAAUCCGGUGUUGGUGUAUUCCUGGCACCACAACAGAGAAGCUUACCCCAAAGAUUAUGAUAUUGAGGGUCCUGAGAAAAUUAAACUGUGUGAUUCAACAUAUCGGAGGCUUGGAACUGAUGAACCCCAAAUUUGGAUCUCAGAAACACAUGAACAAACGGCACGAGUUUUUUUAAACACAGAAUUGGCUCAAAUAAAAAGCUGUGCUUUAUUGAACGAGGAAACAUGGUGCUCUGGGAUUGUUGAAAGGGACACUGGAUUGCCUGUGACAGGCUUCGGAGCUCUCUUUACUAGACACCCACCAGAUCAGCGCAAGAUGUGUGCAUUGACGACAUAUGCUGAAAACUACACUCCACCAUAUAAUUAUCAGCUACUUGAUUAUCCUUGUCAAGAUGAUUAUUCAAUAGUCCACAGAAAAUGCCGUUCUCAGUUCACAGAUCUAAAUGGCUCCAAAAGAUUUGGCAUCAACACUUGGCACGACGAGAGUGGAAUUUAUGCUAACUCAUAUGCCAAACAAGAACUCUACCCAUUAACCGGUGGUCCUAUUCUCCCAUUUUCAUAAUAAUUUAUGAAAUCAGAUUCUCUAAGUAAUGAAAGAAUAAUUGAUUUAGCAGUUGAUGAUUUUUUUAUCCUAAU